AUGUCUGUCAAGGCUGUUAUUUUCGAUAUGGGAGGAGUGCUAAUAGAAUCACCCUCUGGGCUGUGGAUAGAAAUGGAAACAGAUCUAAAAAUUGAUAAAGGUUCAUUGUUUGCCGCUUUGCUGGAUCCAGUUUUUAAAACGGAUGGGGAAGCUUUAGAAAGAGGGGAAAUCACAGCGGAAGAAUUUGAUCCGAUUUUCACACAAUUCUACAAUAAGCAGUAUGGACGCAAUGAAGAGCGAGUUCCAGUGAUUUUAUCACUUGUUAAGAAAAUAUAUGACAUUCAUUUGGUUCCGGAAAUGACUGAACUACUGAAGGACUUGCGAAAAGCUGGAAUCAAGGUUGCUCUUCUUACCAAUAACGUUUUUGCCGAUCGAGAUCGGCAAAUUCCCACUCUCCCGAAAGGACUUGAGAAAUACUUCGACGUGGUCGUCGAGUCAUGCAGAGUUGGUAUGCGAAAACCUGAAGAUGCUAUAUAUCAUCACACAUGUGAACUGUUGAAGUUGAAACCAGAAGAAUGCAUGUUCCUCGAUGACCUUGAAGUAAAUGUGAAAGGCGCUAGAGAUCUAGGCAUAAAAACCAUUAAGGUGACUCACCCUCCGACGGCAGCUAUGGAAAGUUGGCUUUUCGUGCUCUGCUCCGGGAACCUUGCCAGAAUGUCUAUCAAAGCAGUGAUUUUCGACUUGGGUGGAGUGCUGAUAGACACACCAUCACAGUCGUGGACAGAUCUGGAGAAAAAUCGAGGAUUUGAUAGAGGUGCAUUCUUGUCGAUUCUCAGUUUACCAGUUUUCCAAGAUCAUCUAGACGAGCUGGAAAGAGGGAUAGUUAGCGCAGAAGAAUUUGAUUCAAUGUUUACAGAUCAUUGCAAUAAGAAGUGUGGACGUAGCGACACAUUUAUUCCUCUUAUUACAACUUUCAUCAAAGGAAUCUAUGAAAUGAAGAUAUUUCCAGUGAUGAUUAAACUAUUGAAGGAUUUGCGUUCAGCUGGCUAUAAAACUGCUCUUCUUACAAAUAAUGCUUUUGCGGAUCGCGCUCGGCUGGCACCUACUCUUCCAAAGGAAACUGAGAGCUAUUUCGACGUCAUUGUUGAAUCUUGCAGGCUUGGAAUCCGUAAGCCAGAAAGCGUCAUAUAUGAGCACGCAUGCGGUCAGCUCGAGUCAAGGCCUGAAGACUGCAUGUUCCUUGAUGACCUCGACGUCAAUCUUACAGCAGCAAGAAAAAUGGGCAUCACUACUGUAAAAGUGAUUUCACCAAUCAGUACUGCUGCACAAGUGAGGGGGAUACUAAAUUUGAAACAGACCUCUUGAAAUGGAAUAAACUUGAAAGCAACUUUUUCUUCC